GAGCAUCUGUUAAAGAAAAGCUGAAUUUCUUCACGUUUCAGUUUUACAUUUGUGAAUAUUUUAUAUUGUGUCUUAUUUUUCCCCUCCACUCACCUAUUUUGUGUUUUUUCUGUAUCGCAGAAAAAGCAGCCUUCCACGCAUUGCUUAUUCUGCAUAUCUGAUACGAGCAUGGUCACCGCCGAGGAGCUCGAGUGCUGCGUGUGCUGCUACGAGUAUUCACGCAGCAACAGGAUACCGCGGGUCCUCCACUGCAACCACACCUUCUGCGCCCCUUGUCUGGAGAGAAUGUCCAAGCUGGAGGGUGCCAUCUACACUGUCGCCUGCCCUCUCUGUCGUUGGAUUACCUGCACCAGAGCCAGCUUGACUUUGCCAGGGGCUCUGUGGGUCAACACAGAAAUCUGGGACCAGAUUUCCACGGAGCGAAAUCAGAAUGAGAACCAUUCAAUGGAGGAUUUAAAAGACCCAAAGUCGCUACUCAUCGAGCACUCACUACCCGUUUCACAGCAUUCACGUUUGAAGUCCACACUCCUGAGGGUUUUCAGCUGCAUGCCUCUGCAGAGCAGACACUAAGUGAUUAACAGUAGGAUUUGUACCUCUUACAUGUUGUUUAAUCGUAGACUGAAGUGUGCAAGACCGUAAAGUUUGCAUGAUCUGAGCUCCACGUAAUGGACCUGCACACAGGGCUUCAGUGAGAGUUUACGUCUUGUGAAGAGUGAAGGCCUGAAAGUCUUCCGUGCGACUUGACUUUGUGUGAACUUGACUGUGAUUUGGAAGGCACUGAAUCUGCCUCCAUUUAAAGUUGUGACUGUGAACCUUUUUGUUGUUUUAUAUCAGCAAUAGCAAAUGUACUAAUGAAAAAAUAAAUCAGAUCAGCACUGUUUAUCUGAACAACAAAGAUGAUUUAAAGCAUGAUUUAAUAAUAUGAUUUAUUUUAUAAUGAAACUUUUUUUGUCACUUUGCCUGUUUUAUACAUUUUUAAGAAAACCGUGUCAUGUUUGUUAAUUUCUUUUCUAUUAUAAGAAUCACAAAAAUGAAGGGUUUUAACUAAAUACAGUGAAAUGCAAACUGUCUACUAUGUAUGUAAAUAGCCGUCUGUGAUACAAACAUGUUAAUGAACAUCAUCUGUGAAUAAAGUGUUUGGAACUGAAGGAGCACAUGUUCAGUUUUCAAAUAUGGGAACCGUUUAAUAAAUGUUCAAAAGUAUCCAGCGCUCAUUGUUUUCUUUGAGUCUCUACUGUACUCUGCUGUGUUUAUUGACACCAAGAGCCAGCUAUCUCUGCACAUAUGUUACUAUGUUUCAAAAUUGUAUAAAAACCUUAAAUCACUAACCUUUUAUUGACUGGCCCUUCAAAUUUACCUGUAAAAUGGGCCCGCCGGUGGACCCAUGGUCAAUAAAGGGUUAACCAUUGUAAAAAUGUAUCACCCUUCUAUGCAGUAUUCUUUCACACAUGUACAGGUCACACUGCUUGUGAGCUUCCUGCUAAAAUUAAAGCUCUCAUCUCCCCUAUUGUCUCCGCUCAUGUCAGUUCCUUACUAAUAACCAGAGAUGGGCAGUAACGCGUUACUUGUAACAAACGUAGCAAACCUCCGCCUACCCCACUCCUG